AUACCCUUUCGUUUCACUUUCUCAAUCUCUCUUACUGUGUGCUCUUUUUAUUAUUUUUAUUAUUCUCCUCUUGUUUUCAAUUUCUAACUUCAUGCAUGGCGAUUAGGGCACGAUUUCACAAUUAGGGCCAAAAGAAAGAAAAUCUCUCGCGCUCGAUCGACUCUAUUACUUCACGAAUAAGAUGGUUUAUAAAGGUAUGAAAGGUGGUCAAGCUGAGAAGACAAAAGUGGUGGUGCGUCACUUACCGCCGACGAUUUCUCAAGGUUCGUUUUUAGAGCAAAUCGACGUCGUUUUCUCUGGGAGAUAUAAUUGGGUCUCGUUUCGUCCGGGCAAGAGCAGCCAGAAGCAUCAAUCCUAUUCCAGAGCCUAUAUUGACUUCAAAAGGCCAGAAGAUGUUAUCGAGUUUGCAGAGUUUUUUAAUGGCCAUCUUUUCGUUAAUGAGAAGGGCACUCAAUUUAGAGCUAUUGUUGAGUAUGCUCCUUCACAGCAUGUGCCAAAGCAGUGGUCAAAGAAGGAUGGUCGUGAAGGCACCAUAGUAAAAGAUCCUGCAUACUUGGAGUUUCUUGAAUUGAUAUCGAAACCAGCCGAAAAUCUUCCCAGUGCAGAGAUACAAUUGGAACGAAGAGAAGCUGAGCGAGCUGCAAGUGCUGCAAAAGAUGCUCCUAUUGUUACGCCCUUAAUGGACUUUGUUCGCCAGAAACGAGCUGCAAAGACUGGUUCUCGGAGAAUUUUGUCCAACGGAAAAAUCAGCAGAAGGUCUGGUGCAAGUGGAAGUCCUAGCUCAUCAUCAUCCAAACGAAGUUCUGAAAAGAAGAGGGUUUCAGCCACAAUGUAUGUUUUAAGGGACUCUGCAAAAAGUACUAGCGGAAAGGACAAAUCAACUUACUUAUUGGUUCCUAAGCGAGAUGACCAGCAAUUUUCUGAUAAAAGUACUCCAUUUGCUUCUGCAUCUGGAACUGAAGUCUUGGAAGAUGAAAGCGGAGUUUCUGGAAUUACUGACACCGGGAAAAAGAAAAUCCUGCUUCUGAAAGGAAAAGAGAAAGAAAUUUCAGCUUUGUCUGGUGGCAUGUCAAAGCAGAAUGCAGCAUCAUUUGAUAAAAAUGUGACUAGUUCAGCUAUAAAACAGAGCCAGCGACGUGAGUCCAGUGGAAGGAUAAUCAGAAGCAUACUUCUAAAUAAGGAUUCACGCCAAAAUCAAUCUUCUGGGUUCCAAUCUGAGCAGCAAAUUCAAUCCUCCAAUUUAGAAAAGGAGAAACGUCUUCCGCGUCCUGCACAUGUGCAGCUGGUCUUGAAGGAUGUAAAUGGAUCUUCAGAUGACAAGUUUGUUGGCAAUGAUUUGCAUGGCUUUUCAGGUGAGAAGCAGGAAAAGCGCACAAGAAAUAAGGAUAGACCUGAUCGUGUUGUAUGGACUCCUCUUCGUCGAUCAGAUGGCUCAUAUGCAAGUGAUGAAUCCUUGUCAUCAUCUGCAUCUCAGUCUACACAUACGGGUCAAGAUUCUUCACAAGGAAAUCUUGGAGAUAUAAAGGUUGAUUCAUCUAAUUCAAGGAGUGGAGAUGUUAAAACCCUUGGAAGUGGACGAAGCAGUCAUUCUUCUUUAGAUAAUGGAUCUCAUAAACAUUUUGGCCGGCGGGGACCAUCACAUACAGUGAGGGAUGCUGAUGGCUCAUCUCUUGAGGGGAAGCCUUCAAAGAGAGGUGGCGGUGCUUCUGGUUAUGGUUCCCACGAGAAGCAAGUGUGGGUUCAAAAGUCAAGUUCUGGCUCUUAGGGUUUUUGAAAUGUGCAAUGCUCAGUCCCAUGAAAUUUUGGUGCAUGCAGUUGCUGUAUGCUGGUGGCUGUCUCUUUUUACUUAACAGAUGGUCAGGUGUGAUAAAAGUUUCAGCAGCGGAGUAGGUUUUCAUUGGGAAACCUAGAAAGAAAAGUGGAAGUUGAUGUCAGUGAUGCAGAUAUUUCGUGUAAUUAAAAUACUCGGUGGGUUUGAAGAAAUCCCGAUCUUAGUCAAAGACGGCUCGGAAUAGGAGAAAGAUAGAAGGGAAAGAAAUGUAACAUUGUUAUAAUCGCAUAUAGGAGCAGAGAUUUUGCUAGGUGUGUCCCUUUAUGGGUUCUACUCACCGGAAUGAGCCACUGAAAUCCUGAUGGCUGCCUUUGACCGACUGGAAAUCGGGAGUAUUCUAGUUCUAUAGGUUGAUUCCUUACUUUGGUUAAAAACUGUAUAUAGAUAUGGGAAGCAAAGCAUCACUUGAUUUGCUGUGGUUCUUAUAUACAUAUAUAUAAUAUAUAAAAAUAUUGUCUUGUCAAGCAGACUAGCAUACGUGAUUGGUGAGAAAUGGUUUAAUAGCCCUUAGUAUUUUGUAGGGCUAUAAUCUAUAACUGGGUUGUUGAAGAGAGGAGAAACAGGGGAUGUUUGGCCAGCUGAGCCAAGAGCAGCAUGUGAAUGUUUGAUGGUGAAAUGGAGUGCGACUUUUGUUUGAUGAUGUUAUGAGAUGGGUAUGAAGGAAUUCUAAUUGGAUCUUUGUUAUGGAUGUGCUUUUGUUUAAUGGAAAAUUGUUUUGGUGCGUUGUUAUUA